AUGAAUAACCUCGAAUUAUUAAUUAAGAAGUUAGAAGUACUGGAUAUUGAAAUUAAUAUUAUAGGUGAUUUUAACUUUGAUGUAGGUGCUUCUCCUCCUAAUGCACCUACUAAGCAUUUCUUGGAUCUCUGCAACUUAUACCAGUACCAUCAACUUAUUAAAGAGCCUACUCGAAUAACCGAACGCUCUUCAACUACAAUUGAUUUAUUUAUUACUAAUAAUCCAACAAUGUAUGUGAAAUCUGGAGUUUGCCACAUUGGUAUUAGUGACCAUUCACUUGUAUAUGCAAUUCGUAAACUUUGUGUAUCUAGAAAGGAUCCUAGAAUAAUUCGCAGCAGGCAAUUUAGAGAUUUCAACGCAAAUUCAUUUAGAUAUGAUCUCAGCUUAGCCCCGUGGCAUAUCAUUGAGGAGUACGAAAAUGAUCCAAAUCUUGCUUGGGAUGCUUGGAAAACUAUAUUCCUGAAAAUAUCUGAUAUUCAUGCACCCAAACGGAGUAGAAAAAUUCGAAAUAAGCACUCUCCUUGGUUAACCCCAGAACUUAAGAAAUUGAUGUUUGAGAGGGACCGACUGAAAAGAAUAGCAAGUAAACAUGAUAUUGAACACAACUGGUCCAAGUAUAGAAGUGCACGAAAUAAUGUUAACAGAUGUAUUCAAGAUGCCAAAGCUGCAUAUUAUCACAAUUACUUUAGAAAUAGCUUUGGUGAUAUUAAAAACACAUGGAAAGGUGUGAAUGAGCUUAUGGGUAAAAAUUCCCAUACCAAUGUAAUAAGCAGCAUUAAAGUUGGUGACUGUAACUACACUUCUUCAAGUGACAUAAGUAAUGCUUUUAAUAACCACUUUACUCAAAUUGGACCUAAAUUAGUUAAUAAUGUUCCCACCUCAAACUCUAACUUUGAGCAAUAUAUUACCACUACCGAUAAUAAUUUUUCUAUCACUGAGACAAAUAAUACAAUUGUGUACAACUUGAUCCAAUCACUUCCUGUAAAUAAAUCUACUGGUUUAGAUAUCAUGCAAGCUAUUAAAAGAAGCUUCGCCAAUUGUUUUUUCAUCCUUAACCCAUAUAAUAAACUUAUCCAUAAGAAAUGGGGUAUUUCCCAAUGAUUGGAAAAGAGCUAGGGUAAUGCCAAUAUAUAAAGAAGACACAAAAUUAGAUCCUGAUAAUUAUAGACCAAUAUCUAUCUUACCGAUUGUCAGUAAAAUAAUUGAAAAGAUCGUUUUCUCUCAGUUUUAUGGAUACCUAAUCGAUAAUAAUCUAUUGUCUAGUUCCCAACAUGGAUUUAGACCAUUACAUCAACGCUUACGACUCUUCUAUUAUCUACCAACAAUUGGUACCAAAAUAUUGAUAAAGGGCUAUUUAAUGGAAUUCUAUUACUAGACUUAAAAAAAGCCUUUGAUACCGUGGACCAUCCAAUUUUAUUAAAGAAGCUUGAGAUGUAUGGCGUAGAUCCUAAUUCUAUCAAUUGGUUUAGAUCAUAUCUAACAGGUCGCAAACAAUGCACAAGCAUUAAUGGCACAUUGUCUAGCUUGCUACCUGUUACUUGUGGGGUUCCUCAGGGAUCGGUGCUUGGGCCCUUAUUGUUUCUAAUUUAUAUUAAUGAUUUUCAAGCCUGCCUCUCUACAUCGUCCCUUAUGAUGUAUGCUGAUGACACAUGUUUAACUGUUAGUUCUAACGAUCCAAAAGACCUAGAGCUUAAACUAAAUAACGAACUUAGAAAAGUGCAAACGUGGCUAAGGGCUAAUUAAUCCUAGGAAGCCAAGCGAGAUUAAGUAAUCUGAAUUAUCGCUUUAACAUUCAAAUUAAUGGACAGUCUAUAGAAAGAAUGUAUUCUUAUAGAUAUUUGGGACUUGAAAUUGAUGAAUCAUUAAAUUGGCAAGUACAUAUUGAAACCAUUUGUAAGAAGAUAAGUGCAAGUCUUGGGGCGUUAAAGCGGAUUCGAACUUUUGUACCCCAAAACACAUUGAUCCUGAUGUAUAAAGCCUUAGUGUUACCUUACUCAGACUAUUGUAGUGAGGUUUGGGGCUGCCUAGGUAAAACCCUCUCUGAAAAACUUCAAAAACUGCAAAACAGAGCCGGUAGGAUAAUAACCUUCUCCGAUUAUGACGUAAGAUCAGCUGGUAUACUACACAGUCUUGGUUGGGAAACUCUUGACCAACGUCGUGCUAAACAGCUCACAACAAGUAUUUAUAAAGCAGUGAAUAAUUUAUAUCCCAACGAGCUUAAUACUAUUUUUGAACCUACCUCGCAAGUCCACUCUCACAAUCUUAGAGGUAGUUCGCACAGUAUGUUCACCCCUAGACCCAGAACGGAGGCUGGUAAAAGGAGCUUCGGCAACCGUGGGGCUGUGUUAUGGAACGAUCUUCCGGAUGAAAUAAGAAGUCAGGCAUCAAUAUAUCUUUUCAAAAAUAAACUUUCUAACUUUCAAAUUUAAUACUAGGAGAACUCCAGGAGAACACCAUCGCAGUCAUUCCUCCUUGCGGAUACAAGCCUGAAAACAAACAAUCUGUCAUCGCCUUGAAGAUGCUGGCCUGGAUUGCGGAACGUGAUAACAUUGCAAUUCGCCACGCCAGGAACCACGGAGAGCAGCGCAUUGGCAAGUAUCUUGUCGAUGGUUUCAACGUUGAGACAAAUACUGUUUAG